AUGGCUCAGUCCGUAGUCAAGAUCAUCCCUGGUCGUACAGUUUUCUUUGUGUGCGACUUGCAAACGAAAUUUCGAACCGCAAUUCACGCUUUUGAAGAGGUCAUCUUGACUUCACAAAAGAUGCUCAAGCUUGCCACGAUCCUCGAGAUCCCGGUGAUCUUCACCGAGCAGAAUCCAAAAGCCUUGGGUCCGACAGUACCGGAACUGUCGUCAGAGGCUCUAGGUCCUUUGCACCUCGGGACAAUCGAGAAGACUCUGUUCUCCAUGAUGACGCCCGAGGUGACUUCCUUACUCAGAGCGAAGCAGUUCAGAUCCAUAGUCCUUUUCGGCAUCGAAUCGCACGUUUGCGUUCUCCAGUCCGCUCUGGACCUCCUGGCAGAAGGCUACGGCGUCCAUGUCCUCGCUGACGGUGUCUCCAGUUGCAACAAAGAGGAAGUACCGUACGCCCUCGCCCGUAUGCGUCAGGCCGGGGCCCAGAUUACGACAAGCGAAAGCUUGCUCUUCCAGCUACAACGUGACGGUUAUCGUAUACAUUUCUCGCACCGUCUCGCCUGUACGAUAGGUGAUUCCUCCACUCCCGAGUUCAGAUCCUUCGCGAGGGCUAUCAAGGAGGAAAAGGAGAAUACGACAAAGGCCGUCCAAGCUCUCUUACAGGCUCGCGAUGUAUUCUGA